AUGUUGGAACCAUUACACACAGAAAUACUUACUCAUCAUGCACAAGAUCAUCAGCAGCUGGCGGCUCCAGUAGAAGAGCCUGGGCAGCUUGAGGCACUCACUGAGGAGCCUGAGCCUGAGCAGCUGAGGGCUUCUGCUGAAGAGGUUGAGACACUCACUGAAGAGUCUGAGCUGCUGAGGACUCCUGCUGAAGAGCUUGAGACACCCACUGAAGAGCCAGAGCCUGAGCAACUGGAGGCUCCUGCUGAAGAGCUUGAGACACCCACUGAAGAGCCAGAGCCUGAGCAACUGGAGGCUCCUGCUGAAGAGCUUGAGACACCCACUGAAGAGCCAGAGCCUGAGCAACUGGAGGCUCCUGCUGAAGAGCUUGAGACACCCACUGAAGAGCCAGAGCCUGAGCAACUGGAGGCUCCUGCUGAAGAGCUUGAGACACCCACUGAAGAGCCAGAGCCUGAGCAACUGGAGGCUCCUGCUGAAGAGCCUGAGACACCCACUGAAGAGCCAGAGCCUGAGCAACUGGAGGCUCCUGCUGAAGAGCUUGAGACACCCACUGAAGAGCCUGAGCAACUGGAGGCUCCUGCUGAAGAGCCUGAGACACCCACUGAAGAGCCAGAGCCUGAGCAACUGGAGGCUCCUGCUGAAGAGCUUGAGACACCCACUGAAGAGCCAGAGCCUGAGCAACUGGAGGCUCCUGCUGAAGAGCCUGACCAGCUUGAGGCACCUACUGAAGCGCCUGAGCAACUGAAUGCUCCGUAUGAAGAGCCUGAGCAGGUUGAGGCACCCACCGAAGAACCUGAGCAGUUGAGGGCCCCUGCUGAAGAGCCUGAGCAGCUUGAGGCACUCACUGAAGUGCCUGAGCAGCUUGAGGCUCACAUUCAAGUGCCCCAGUGGUGCCGCUACGCUAAAUGUCUAGUGAAAGGUUUGCCUAUUUGCAUUGCCACUGUGGGAAUCCUUAUUCCCUCAGCAUUCCUGGCUGCUCACCCCAGCACUCACCAAGUUGUGCACGAUUUCCUCUGCCAUUUCCAGCUAAUCCAAUUCCCCUUUUAA